AUGGGUAACAACAAAUCAAUAACAUCUAUCCAAGCCAAUGCCAAACAAGUAUCAAGUUUUUCUAAGGGUGCAGCUGCAAAUCGACGUCUCAAUAUUCAGAGAAUGCAGAAUGUUCUUCUAAUUUGGUGGGACAACAGUAUUAUUGAAAAUAAUGCUGAUUGUAGUAAUACAAUCAAACAAUUGAAACGUGUUUUUAAUAAUAUAUGCAUAUUUACAGAUGGUGAACAAUGUCUUGAAUUUAUUCGAACUAUUACUAAUAAUAAAGUAUGUAUGAUUGUUUCGGGUUCAAUUGGACAAUAUAUUGUGCCGCAUGUACAUACUAUGCCCCAAGUAGAUACCAUUCUUAUUUUUGGUAACAAAGAAGAAUGGUGUCAAUCAUGUACCAAAGAAUGGCCUAAAAUCAGAGGAGUUUUCACAGAAAUAAUACCAAUAUGUGAAGCUCUAAAGCAAGCUGAUGACCAAUGUGAGCAAAAUGCCAUAUCGAUCAGUUUUGUGACAUCAAACAAGAAAUUGAAUGAAUUAGAUUCGUCGUUUAUGUACGCUCAGAUCUUGAAAGAAAUCUUAUUAACCAUCAACUUCGAAGACAAGCACUUUGAAGAAUUUAUUACUUAUUGUCGUGAGGUAUUUGCUAAUGAUGAAAAUGAAUUAAAAAAUGUUAACCAAUUACAAUUAACAUAUAAGAACCACAUACCUAUAUGGUGGUACACAUGGGAUGCAUUUUUAUAUCGUAUGCUCAAUCGUGCAUUUAAAUCAAUGGAUAUUGAUAUUAUUAUUCGAAUAGGUUUCUUUAUUAAUGAUCUACAUCGUGAUAUUCAACGAUUACAUUCACAACAAUUUGAUGAUCAUCAGUUAUAUAAAACAUUCACAGUUUAUCGUGGACAAGGCCUUUCCAAAGAAGAUUUUAACGAAAUGAUAAAAACUAAAGGUGGACUUCUUUCAUUUAAUAACUUUUUAUCGGCUAGUAAAAAUCCAAGUACUGCCCUUGAAUUUGUACAACAAGCUGCUACAAAUCCUGAUCUUGUUGGAAUUUUAUUUGUUAUGACAAUUAGUUCUACUGAUUCAACAACUCCAUUUGCUUCUAUCAGUGAUGUUAGUUAUUUUCAUAAGGAAGAUGAAGUUCUCUUUUCUAUGCAUACUAUUUUUCGCAUUGAAGAUAUUAAAGCAAUGGAUGAAAAUAAUGAUCUUUAUCAAGUGAAUUUAACAUUGACCAACGACAACGAUCAAGAUCGUCGUACUCUUACUGAUCACAUUCGGCAGGAAACCUUUCCUGAUGUUGAAGGAUGGUACAGAUUAGGUAAAUUGUUAAUUAAAAUGGGCCAGUCUAACAAAGCUCAAGAAGUUUAUGAAGUUCUACUUCAUCAAACAACGCAUGAGAGUGACAAACCAUCCAUUUAUCAUCAACUAGGUCGAAUCAAAGAUGAUCAAGGAGAAUAUCAAGAAGCGCUUACAUAUUAUAAACAAUCGCUUGCUAUUCAACAAAAUACACUUUCUUCCAAUCAUCCUGAUUUGGCUAUGUCUUAUAACAACAUUGGUUUGGUGUACUACAACAUGAAUGAUUAUCUAAAAGCACUUUCAUAUCAUGAAAAAGCCCUUGCUAUUCGACAACAAUCUUUUCCUUCCAAUCAUCCUGAUUUAGCUUCUUCCUACAAUAACAUCGGCAAUGUAUAUUCCAGCAUGGGUGAUUAUCCAAAUGCACUUUCAUCUCAUGAAAAAGCUCUUGCAAUUCGAGAACAAUCACUUCCUUCCAGCCACCCAGAUGUGGGUGGUUCCUAUUACAAUAUCGGUUUGGUAUAUUACAAUAUGAGUGAUUAUCCAAAUGCACUUUCUUAUUAUGAGAAAGAUCUUGAAAUUCUACAACAAUCACUUCCUUCAAAUCAUCCUGAUUUAGGUGUUUCCUAUAACAACAUCGGUUUGGUAUACUAUAACAUGGGUGAUUGUUCAAAAGCACUUUUAUAUCAUGAAAAAGCCCUUACAAUUCGACAACAAGCGCUACCUUCUAAUCAUCCUGAUUUGAGUAGUACUUAUAAUAACAUCGGUAACGUAUAUUCCAACAUGAGUGAUUACCAAAAAGCACUUUCAUUUCAUGAAAGAGCUCUUGCAAUCAAACAACAAUCAUUUUCUUCCAAUCAUCCAAGUUUGGCUAUGUCCUACAACAACAUUGGUGCGGUGUACUACAAAAUGGGUGAUUAUCCAAAAGCACUUUCGUCUUAUGAGAAAGCUCUUGUAAUUCGACAAGAAUCACUUCCGUCUCAUCAUCCUAAUCUCGGUGCUUCCUAUAACAACAUUGGUAUGGUGUAUGAGACUAUGGGUAACUAUUCAAAAGCUCAUUCAUUUUAUGAACGUGCUGUACAAAAUGGACAACAAUCAUUACCAACAAAUCAUCCCACCCUUCAACAACGGAGAAAAAAGCUCGAAAAGAUAAAAACGAAAUUAUAA